AUGACCACUCCUUUGGCUUACCAAGAGCACCUUCCUGCAGCACCCGAGUGGCUGAACAAAGGGGACAACGCAUGGCAGUUAACAGCAGCAACUCUUGUUGGUCUUCAAAGCAUGCCAGGUCUUGUGAUCCUCUAUGCCAGCAUAGUGAAGAAAAAAUGGGCUGUGAACUCUGCUUUCAUGGCUCUCUAUGCCUUUGCAGCAGUUCUCAUAUGUUGGGUGCUUUUGUGUUACCGUAUGGCCUUUGGGGAGGAGCUUUUCCCCUUCUGGGGUAAGGGUGCCCCAGCACUUGGCCAAAAGUUCCUCACAAAACGAGCCAUAGUGAUUGAAACCACCCACCACUUUGAUAAUGGCACUGUUGAGAGCCCUGCUGAAGAACCCUUUUACCCCAUGGCCUCACUUGUCUAUUUCCAAUUCACUUUUGCUGCUAUUACUCUCAUCUUGUUGGCUGGCUCUGUCCUUGGCCGAAUGAACAUCAAGGCUUGGAUGGCUUUUGUGCCUCUUUGGUUAAUCUUCUCUUACACUGUUGGGGCUUUCAGUCUUUGGGGUGGCGGCUUUCUCUACCAAUGGGGUGUCAUAGAUUACUCUGGUGGCUAUGUCAUCCACCUUUCCUCUGGAAUCUCUGGUUUAACUGCUGCUUAUUGGGUUGGACCAAGGUUGAAGAGUGAUAGGGAGAGGUUUCCACCAAACAAUGUGCUGCUCAUGCUUGCAGGUGCAGGGUUGUUGUGGAUGGGGUGGUCAGGGUUCAAUGGUGGAGCACCAUAUGCUGCAAAUAUUGCAUCUUCAAUUGCGGUGCUGAACACAAACAUUUCUGCAGCCACGAGUCUCCUUGUGUGGACCACUUUGGAUGUCAUUUUCUUUGGGAAACCUUCUGUGAUUGGAGCUGUGCAGGGCAUGAUGACCGGACUUGCAUGCAUCACACCAGGAGCAGGGCUUGUGCAAUCGUGGGCUGCUAUAGUGAUGGGAAUAUCAUCCGGGAGCAUUCCAUGGUUCACCAUGAUGAUUCUGCACAAAAAGUCAACCUUUCUGCAGAACGUGGAUGACACCCUUGGUGUGUUUCACACUCAUGCAGUGGCUGGGCUUUUAGGGGGUCUCCUCACAGGUCUAUUUGCAGAACCAGCCCUAUGUAGACUGCUAUUGCCAGUUACCAACUCAAGGGGUGCAUUCUAUGGUGGAGAUGGUGGCAUGCAAUUCUUGAAGCAAUUGGUGGCAGCCAUGUUUGUGAUUGGAUGGAACUUGGUAUCCACCACCAUCAUUCUCCUUCUCAUACAACUCUUCAUACCCCUGAGGAUGCCCGACGACCAGCUGGAGAUCGGCGACGACGCCGUCCACGGCGAGGAAGCCUAUGCCUUGUGGGGUGAUGGAGAAAGAUAUGACCCAACAAGGCAUGGCUCCUUGCACAGUGGCAACACUACUGUGUCACCUUAUGUCAAUGGUGCAAGAGGGGUCACUAUAAACUUAUGA